GAUAAUUUGAACUCAAACUGAUUUAAUUGUGGUUUAGUAUCGUUAUUUUAACAUAAAUGGCUGUAUGUGUGGGAAGGUAAAAUUCCAGUUUUUCCUUCUGGUUUUUUUCUGGAUUUAAAAAAUAAUCAAAAAAUAACAUUUUUUUGGUAGUGAUUCAUAUGAGUAUUUAUCUCGUUGUACUAGCCGUACAAAUCCAAAUAAGAGCAGUACAAAGUCAAAAUUUACAAUAGAGAUCAGGGAGCAGGGAUGGCUGCCUUGAUGUAUUAUUGGGUGGAUGGGUGGAUGUAAGAAUGGAUGAGAGGAAGCACCUAUAUUACCUAGUCUAAAUAACAACUACAGCAGGGGUCCUCAACCUCUGGUCUGGGGACUGGUGCCGGUCCCUGGGUCAUUUGGUACCAGGUCACAGUGAAAAAAUCUACUUCAGUUUUACUAAUUUACUUCAUUCCAAAAAAAAAUCCAGUCAUAUCCCUUAACAUUUUCAUUCAAAGAUAAUCUGUCAAUGUUUCAAAACAACAGGUCAAAGGUCAUUCAGACUCUCAUACUAACAAAAUAAAGUCUAAAAGAUGUUUUAUUUUGAAAAUUUAAUGAUCCUUCAACGAUGGCGAGGUAUUACUGAUCCACAAUAACGACUGAUAAAACAUAAAAAAAUUCUUGAGUGCAAGUUGUGCACAUUUCAACACAAAAACGAAUCCAAAAAAAAAAAAAGAGCGUUACGCAUUAUAAAGAACCCAAUCAAAUUUUGUGAAUUCUGUGAAGUUUGUCUGUUUGCCGAACUGCCUCACGUCUUUCACAGUCAGCAGAAAACCGCUCUCUGUUCUGACUGAACCUCCGCAGUGGUGUGAAGAAUGUUAUAUUUAUGAUGGCAGCCGCUGACAAAAGGCAAUGUUUUUGCUUCAGGGUUACAAGAACCCAUAACAGACAGGGAGGAGACACUGGACAAAAGCGGGGGCGUCCCAAUUAGCACUUGGCAGUAGAUUAACAGGGUAUUGAUGUCAAAGCUCCUUCAGAGCCCUGCAUGGACGGAUAGAUGGUGGCUUUCUUCUGGUCCACAGAGAAGCGUUUGCAUCUCGACGAUAAGAAGACUAGAAGGGGAGCGUGUAUGUGACACACAGCUGUGAAAUCCCCGUAUGAAAGAAAUAUUAUGUGCAUCUUCUCUCCACAUCUGUCCCAGGCCUGAGUGACUGAUUAUUUUGGGCAUUCUUAUUAAGGAUGCCCCCAGGAGAUGAGGGACCAACAAGGGCUUCUGUUUACUGCAGACAUCCCCCCUGUCCCCCCCUCCCUUCCCUGUUUUUCACUUGCACACCCAUAGGGCAUGAUGGGCCCCUCUUUGGAACCUAACGGACCACAGACAAAAGAUCAUCUCUGAGACUUCAGUCAUAAACUUCUCAAUUAACCGCACAGUCUUCCCAAUAUUCCAUCUGCGGCGUGGUGCGGAGUUCACGGCGAAGGCGCUCGUUUGCACCACGAGGCUCGGUCUCCAUGGAGCCGUACCCGACAAUCUCAUCGCGACUGAGGCACGCCAUUCUUCUCCCCGCGGCUAAAACGCGCCGCUCAUUCUGACUCAGGCUAUUGUGGCGCGCACAAGUGGCUCUCUGAGGAGAAGGGCUAUGAAGAAAGAAAGGGUGGGGUCAAAGUUCAAACCAAAGGCUCCCAUCAGGACUCCCUUUCUGUUAUCAAAUUUGUCGGGACACAAAAAGGGCUACAGUCUUACUCCCGAGAGCAUCUCGAGGGAGAGAAAAAGGAGGUUAUAGGACAGCGUUCCCACUAGGAGGGCUUCAGUCCGUCCUCGGCUCAGCGCUCAAACUCUCAGUCUCUGCACGCAACUGCUGCAAAGCUGCUGCUGCUCCUCCAGCAGCUGACCUGAUCCUGCGCCUGAAGACCUCUGGCUCAUUGGGGCACAACGAUGGAGUCGGCUACAGUGGACCUGUCCCUGCUGACCAACCAGACGACCCUCGAGACCUGCGCCGCGGUGGAGACGACCGUCGAGAACACUUUAUUCGGGUGUUACUACAUCCUGGUUUUCUUCUUGGCGUUGAAUGGCAACAGCUUGGCUCUCUGGGUGUUCUGUCAUCAGCGAGGCGCGUCGUCUCCAGCCAACGUCUUUCUGAUGCACCUGGCCGUGGCUGACCUGUCCUACGUCAUCAUCCUCCCGCUGAGGGCCACGUACCACCUCACGGGAGGUCACUGGCCCUUCGGCGAGGUGCCCUGCAGAGUGGUUGGCUUUCUGUUCUAUGUCAACAUGUAUGCGAGUCUUUACUUCCUGGCCUGUGUGGCAGCGGAUCGCUACAUGGCCGUGGUUCACCCGGUGCGGUCCAUUAAGCUCCGUCGUGCUUACUACGCUCACAUCGUUAGCUUCUGCCUCUGGGCCCUAGUGAUAGUUUCGAUGGCUCCGUUACUGGUCAGCGCCCAGACGGCAGAGGUGGACAAGGUGACAGUUUGUCUGCAGCUUUACAGAGAGAAGGCCUCUCGUAACGCACUCAUCUCACUGGCCGUGGCCUUCACCCCGCCUUUCCUCGCCAUCCUGUCCUGCUACAUGCUCAUUAUCCGAAGCCUGCAUAAGGGUUCCAGGUUGGAGCCCAAAGUCAAGAUGAGAGCCCUGCGCACCAUCAGUCUGGUGAUACUCAUCUACGUGGUCUGUUUCCUGCCCUAUCAUCUGAGCAGGGCCACCUUCAUCCUGGGGUUCAACCACCCAGACGUGUCCUGUCAGACCAGGCGUGGCCUGCGGUUGGCCAACCGGCUGACCUCUUCGCUCACGUGUUUGAACGGUGCGAUGGACCCGUUGGUUUACGUGUUCGGGGCGAAGAAGUUCCACGAGACACUAAGACAAAUGUUCUGCAGUAAGGCGAGUCUGUCCGCAGCCGCGAGCGGCGACUUAAAAGGAACGCACGAGAGUUCUCUGACGGCCAAGUCAGAGUUUUUAUGAGCCGGGACCGAGCGGUAAACGGCGAUAAAAGCUUUUGAGUUUUGACAAAAAUGAAUUUUAUCUUAACUUUUCCCCCAGUCGAGGCUUAUUCUUACUGUGUCAGCGCAGAUGAACAAAAUGUAGCAAAACAAAAAGCGCAAAGAGGACCUACUGUACGUUGAGUUUGUCGAUGGUAAACAGGAAAUGAACAGCUUUCGGUUCACACCCAUGCAGUUUAAAGUUGUGGGGGGAAGACCUGAAAAUAGACCGCACGUGAAUUCCGCUCGAUUUUUAUCAAUAUCUAAACGUGUGAGCCUCAGCUGGAGUUAGUUAGGUUUUCCUCUGUAGAAAAUAAUGUCACGGCGUGACAGUCGGGAGGUUUGAUUGACAGUUGAUCUAUUGGACUAUCCAACAGUAUCAGUGUCCACUUCCUUUAAAAACUCCCUUUGAUUUUUUUAAAUUAUUUUUCAUAGCCAGAUAUAGACAUGACCAACUCAGCACUUUUUCCAGGGACUCACUGAGGUCUACAGAUGGCGCUGUCCAUCUCAUACAUGCAGUCUAUAGUGCCCAAUAUGGUAGAAAAGUAGAAGAGAAUAGUUUCGUUAUCGCCAUUAUACAAGGCACUACAUUCUAAACCUAUUUGGUGCCUUAAAGCAGAGGUUUCCAACCCACGGUCCGGGGACCAGUGCUGGUCCGUAGGUCAUUUGGUACCGGGCUGCAGUGGGACACAGUG